CGUCACAAUCUCGCGAGAACACAUUCAUCUCCCGUUUGAAACAAAAUGGCGCCUGAAUGGCCAGAGGAAGUUGAUGUCUUCACGGUUCCCCACUCACGCAUGAAAGAACUGGUCCACAAGUAUUUAGAUCUGAUGACAUCAACCAAUUUCUCUGAUGUUGUUCACCUGCGCACCUUGCUGGAGAACCUGUGUAACACAUUCCAGGAGUUCCGUGCUCAUGAGCACAUCGAGAACAAAUACAUCAUGCGGAAACUAAAGGUGAAGCUGAGAUCCCUAUCCAUCACCAACAAAGCAGUAUGCAACUGCCAUUCUGAUAACCAGUUGUCAGAGAUGCUGAGAUUGGUGUAUGCAGGCUACACUUGGACAAGCAAGACUGCCAGUGAAAGGCUCAACUAUGGCCUGCAACUGCGGAAGGCCUUGGAAGACUUCACUCAGCAGUUUCUGCCCCAUAUGGAAGAGGAGGAGGAGGUGUUUCAGCCAAUGCUGAUCAAGUACUUCACAUAUGAGGAGCUGAAGGAGAUAAAAGCCAAUGUAAUCAAGCAGCACCUGGCACAACACCGUUCACCGGACAGCCACACUGAGAAGUGUGUGGAGGACGCCCUGUCCAGUGAGUCAUCAGAUGAAGAGACAGAGGUGUGUGUACCACUGGUCAGUGUUCAGAGUCUUCCUGAUGAGAUCCUGCUGUGUGUACUGUCUCUCCUGUCUCCACAAGACCUGGCCAGAUGUGCCCAGGUGUGUCAACACUGGAACAAGAUGGCCUUGGAUUCCUCACUGUGGUCUCACUUCUACCCAGUGCAGUGGGCUCAAGGUGUUUGGAGUUGCCUCCCCUCAACUGUUGGGGAAGACCGUGAAGGCAGUGUGGCUCACACUCCCCACAGUUUCAUCAUAGACGAGGAUGCUGAUGUCGAUGAAUCAGAAAGUGUUGAAGAUGAGGACAAUGAAAACAAACAUUACAAACAGGCAUACAAGGAGUGGAAGAUGCUGACUGGCAUGACUAGUGGUCUGCUGCAGCAUGUCGGGGACAGCAUCACACACUGUUCACUGGCUCACAGCAAGGGCCUCACCAACAGAAUACUUCGGCAACUUUUGAUGAGAUGUGGGAAGCUGCAGUACCUGGACCUGUCCUACACACCCAUCUCGGAUGCAGCAUUCAAAGGCCUCUCUGAAGGGUGCUGUCCUCAGCUGAGACAUUUGGACUUGACAGGAUGUGUGAACAUAACGAAUAUCUCCCUCCAGCGACUGUCCCAGGCCAUGACCUGCCCAGCUUGUGACACACUGGACAUACAGCAUAUCUCAAAUACACAAGUACCAACUGGAACUCUGCCUUACUCAGAGAUGAGGAAGUGGCUUAUCUGUGAUGCAAUGCUAGAUGACUUCUUCGAGCAAACUCAAAAGUGUUCUUCAGAUUCGUGCUGUGGUAUGGAGAAGCCCAAGACUUUUGAGCCCAGGCUGUCGUCUGUCCGAGUUUCGCAAGCCACCCUCACUCAUUGCAGUAGCACUGACAUCAGACAAUUAGUGCAUCAAGUCAGACAGCAUUUUGUUAGCAAUAAGAGCCAAAACAGCAGUGUUUGUGACAUAUGUGAGAACAGCUCCGGUCUACAGUACCUGAGUCUGUCAGGCUGCUACCAGAUUACAGACGCUGGGCUCAGAGCAUUAUCUGAAGAGAAGUGUGUGCGGGCGCUUGCUUUCCUGGAUUUAUCGGGAUGUAUGGACAUUCGUGCUAGUGGCCUGUCUGACAUAGUCAGUGCAUGCCAGCACCUUGAUCAUGCCCAACUUUUCUAUUGUGACAAUAUCGCUGAUGACCCUUUUGCCAAGUCAGCCAGUGGAUGCCAAAACCUGGGAUGUUCUUCUCGCUACUGCUGUCGUUUUGGUGAUUGAAGAAGAUGCAGGCGAUGUUCUCUUGCAUUGUGUUGGCUGGAACACACCACAGCGAGGACACAGCGCAGCAUCAGCAGCUCAUCAGCUGUGUAACUGGAGAUCAACGACUUGAAUGUUCUACCAGUGCAAAUCUUUUAUACUAAUUAUGAAGUCUUUUGUUAUUAAUAAACCAAUUGAUAUGAUUGUACAAAUAUAUCAGAGAACACACACAAGUGCCAAUGGUAACUGUGUGUGACAUGACCGACUUGUGCCACAUAAAUAUUAAAUGUUUUCAUGUAGGAACACGAGGUUGGAAACAUAUGUUAAAUCAUCAUGGAAUGGAAUAGCAUUUCUCGAAUGUCACCUUGUAGUUUUUGUAUAUUAUUUUAGGAUGAUUUAAAUAAAAAUAUUUUGCAGAUGA